AAAAAAAAAAGUUAGAACGUUAUAGAACGUUUUAUAAGAAAGAAGGAAAGACUUUUUUUCGGACGAAAAAAAGGGUUCAUUAAGCACGUGUUUGAAGUUGGGCCAGAUUGAACAGCAUUCAAUCAUGUGGGCCUCUUUGACUUCAUGCGAAUGGCUCUCCCUCAAAUAAAACACAGAAAGGAAAACCUUACUCUUCACCCAGCAGUCACAGUGCACUCACAAACGGCAAACCCUACCUCUCGGCAAAAGAAAUUCAGCAUGCCAUGCCUCCUAGCAGAACUGCUGAUCGACAUCGUCACACGUCUCUCACCCAAGGACUUGGUGAGCUUCAUGUGCGUUUCUAAAGAAUGGAAAGCUACCAUCCAAGAUCCACAGUUCGCCAUAAGCCAUCUCCAACGGUCCAUCAAAACCAAAUCCCAUCCCAUCAUUUUACUCAUCCCAUCUACUCCGAUGAGCUGCUAUUUUUCACUUAACUUUUCCCACAACGAUACGACGUCAGGCAAAGUUUUGAAAAUCAAGCUGCCUUGGGAACAGCCUCUGUUAACUAGAGACCUAAUCUUCGGCUACUGUAAUGGCCUGGUUUGCAUUCACGAUGGUGAAGGCUUUCUUUUAUGGAACCCGUCCAUCCACAAGUUCAAGAGGAUCCCCUCGUCGCCAUCUAGUAUUCACGGCCAUGAAGACAGCUAUGGUGGAUUCGGAUAUGAUUCCGUCAACGAUGACUAUAAAUUGGUGAGUUUCUUGCAGUUUCAUCCGCACUAUGAAGUGCACAUUUAUAGCCUAAAAUCUGAUGCAUGGAAAAUAAUUCAAGCCUUUCCUCCCGAAGAUUUUGUACUUCAUUCAAAUGGUGUGUUUUUGAAGGGUGCUUUACAUUGGUUGGUGCAUCAUGAAACAGAUGAUGAAAGGAUGAUAAUUCUAACCCUUGAUCUCGCAAGCGAGGACUUUUCCAAGUUUCCUGUACCCUUCCAUAUGUUUCCUGAUUUGAUUUCUCUCAAAUCAGGCACAUCUGAUUUGGCUGAUUUGAUUUCUUUAGUAGUGAUGGGAGGGUAUUUAUGUAUUUAUCUAGUGGAGUGUAGAAGUAAGGCUUUGAUUAUGAAAGAAUACGGAGUGGCGGAAUCUUGGACUAAGUUUUAUUCUUUUGAUAAGUGGGUUUACGAUUACAAGCCUUUAAUGCUUUCAAGUUGUGGUAAAAUGGUUCUUUUUGAGGAGGACUCCAGCCGUCUUGCUUGGUAUGAUCUACAGAAUGGGACGCAAAAACCGGUUAGAAUUUAUGGUAUGCCUGAAAUUUUUGACACAAUUACUUCUGUGGGGAGCAUUCAUCUUCUUGGAAGUUUAAUUAGGAGGAGGGACAAUUUCUGAAGUUGUUUUGACGUUCUCUGUAACUGGUUUCUUUGAUUUAAGCUGUUAUGUUUGAUCAUAUUGAUGAAGCGACUAUUUCAUACAAUACUGGAUGUUGAUUAUCGUUGUAUCACCAAGUUUGUUCAUCUUCCCUGCUGAAGAUAGCAUACUGUUAUGUGCCUUUUUGGCAGCUUCUGGCAAUUAG